AUGACGGCCAGCAUAGAGCCAAGAAAGCCGGACACUGGGAGACGAAAGACCGAGAUAAAGGAGCUCUUCAGGCAGGAGGAUGUCAAACUCAAUUGGAGCUCCGUGCGCAGAACGGGAGCGGGGCUGGAGAACCUGGGCAACACAUGCUUUCUGAACAGCGUGCUGCAGUGCCUGACGCACACGCCGCCCCUGGCAGAGGUGCUGCUCAGCAACCGGCCACUCGGCAGCGCAGCCGAGUGGGACUUUUUGCGCCUGACGCAGCUUCAUGUGAUGAGGGCCCUGCACAACCGCAGCCGGGUCAUCUCCCCACGGCCGCACGCCAAUGGGCUGCGGCGCAUCUGCCGCAGUUUCCGGAGGGGCAGGCAGGAGGAUGCGCAUGAGUAUCUGGUGGCGUUGCUGGAUGCCAUGCACGAGGCUGCGCUGGCAGGGUACAACCCCAAGCCCUCCAGGGAAGUGAAGUGCUGCGAGUGCGGUUACGAGAGCAACACGAUGGAGAGCUUCAUGGACAUUUGCCUCGACAUUGGCCGCGCGGGCAGCCUGGCACACGCGCUGGAGCGCUACACCAAGCCGGAGAUGCUGGACCGCGAGAACAAGUACAAGUGCCCCAAGCAGGGGCGCCUCGUGCGUGCGCGGAAGACCAUCACCAUCGAGCGCGUGCCCAACGUGCUCGUAUUCCAGCUCAAGCGCUUCGAGUACUCCAUGUACGGCUCCAAGAUCGGCAAGAAGGUUGACUUUUACACGCACCUGGACAUGGCGCCCUACAUGAGCAACCGGCGGGCGGGCCCCCAGAUGUACGAGCUGUUUGGGGUGCUGGUGCACGCGGGCCACUCCGUGCACAGCGGCCACUACUUCUGCUUCGUGCGUGCCCCCAACGGCCUCUGGCACCGCAUGGACGACGUGCAGGUCUCCCAGGUGAGCGAGCGCGUGGUGCUGGGCCAGAAGGCGUAUAUCCUGUUCUACAUCCGCUCAGCCACCAACAACGGCCGGUCCGCAUCCGCGCCGCCCCCUCCGCGGCCAGAGCCAGCCCCGGCCCCGGCCGCCGACGCGGCCAUGCGCGCAUGCAACAGCGUGCCGCAGCCGCGCCGCCCCGCUGGGCCCGCGCUAGCAGCCGAGGACGGCCCGGCUGAGCGGCCAGCGGUGAAGCGCAAGCUUAGCUCUGCCUUCCCGGCUUUAGAUGCGGCGGCGGAGGAGAGGGCGGCCGCGGCAAGUCAUGCCGCCACACCACAGGGGAAGCCACGGGGAGUGCUGGGCAAGAUGGAGAAGGCAGCCAUGAGCGCUCCUGCUGAUGUGAGGAGGGGUGCUGAGGAGGACACUGGGAAAGCCUCGCAUGCCGAGGCCUCUGUGUCGCCCUUUGCCAGCUUCAAGGCAGAAGAGGUCAAGCCAUCGCUGCCAGGCCUUGUGGACGGAGCAAAGCCUUCCACCUCUGCGAAGCUCAAACCGCGGCCGAGUAUCAUCCUGCCACUGAAGCCGGGGCUGGCCGCUUCGCCUGCCACGCGCAGAGUGAGGCGCCUUCAAGAGGCUGUCAGCCUGCAAUUCCGGCGCAAACACUCCAACGGACUCUCAUCCCUUGACGGCCUCUCCUGCCAUUCCGGCGCCGCCCGGGCCUCAAAAUUGCGGCCGGCCGCGGCCGAGCGCGCGCACCUACCCAAUGGCGGCCCCUCCUCCCGGCCGCCCGGCAGCUCCCCGGCCGGCAGCGCGUCCGGCACAGACAGCGACGGCGCAGCUCCGCACUUACGCUCAUCCAAGCGGCGGCGCAUGACCAGGCAGCAGCAGGAGGCAGAGGGCGGCAAGAGCAACGGGGCUCUGCCGGCGCCAGACCUGUCAGCUGUGCCCUGUGCUGCAAGGCCUUCGGCGGGGCAGCGGGACAAGCAGGAGAAGGGUUCAGAGCAGCAGCGAAGUGCACGUUCUCAGCAGGAGCCGAGCAUGGCGGAGACGUCCGACACAGACAGUGCAGGUGGAACGCCUCCGCCUGGCAGGAACAACGAUCUGUUUGGGCUGGGCACAAAGCAGCAAACAACACCUGUCAGCCAGCCAGAAGAGGCGCCCGUAGCAGCAGUCGGCAACGGCCCCGGCAAGGGAUCGGCUGCCGGCAGAAGCGUGCACACCUCCAGUGACCCGGCAGAAGUGCGUGCAUUCCUGCAGGGCAGCGCUGGCGCGAGCGGCCUGAACGUGUCCAGCUGGGACACUGUCGAUGAGGAGGUAGUGAAGCGCGCCGAAGCCUUCUCCAGGAAAUCGGGGCCGAAGAGGGCCAGGCGCGACGAGUGGGACGCAGAGUACGACAGGGGGAAGCAGAAGAAGGUGCGCAACCGGGCGCCGGACGAGUGGGAGGGCGGCAACCAGUUCCAGCAGUUCUCCAACAGCCGGCACCAGCAGAGCGGCCGCGGCGGCGGCGGCAGAGGCGGCAGAGGAAAGCCACAGGGAAGCUGGGGCCGCGGGGGCGGCCGCGGCGGCGGUAGGGGGCGAUCCUCCCAGCGCGGAGGCGGCCGGGACCGCGGCCGCGGCCGCGGCCGAGGCAGGCACUAG